AUGGAAAUCACCGAUCAUAAAAUGAUGGCGUGCCAUCUUAGAAAAACAAUGAGUUUUUGUUAUGGGUCAAUGUAUGAUUGGUUAACUAAUUUUCGGAGGUGUUGGUGUUUCUAUACCUUCUUAUUUCUUUCGACUGUCCUUCUGUUAGCCACUCCUUUUGGUACUUCCGCUGACACCUUUAGUGGUAUUUCAGGAGGUAACUUAGGUGGUUCAUUAGGAGAGAACUUCGGCGGUUCUGAAUGGAUUGACACGCUAGGUGGUAGUUCGGCACAAUUAUUUGUAGAAAAUAAUUUAAAUGGUUCUCGCGGUUAUGGCCCUGUGGAUUAUUUGGUGACAUUGCAGUGCUGGUUAACGAAGCCAAGAUGA